UACCCACAGGAUCACCAUGGGGACAACCAAGGAUACACCGAUAUGGAGGCUGAUAUGCCUGGUACUACUGAUCAGAUCAACACAAACAGUGAGCCCCACCACAAGUGUAACAAUCAUCCCGACUAUGAUCACGACUAUACCCACACUUUCAGGAGUGAAUGCCUCACAUAAUGACCAGGUCUGCAGCACAUGGGGUAACUAUCACUUCAAGACCUUCGACGGGGACUUUUUCCAGCUCCCCUCUACCUGCAACCAUGUUGUGACCUCACUGUGUAAGAGCAGCUAUGAGGCUUUCAACAUCCAGAUGAGGCGGCAAGUGGUGGACAACCAGCCCACCAUUAGCAAGAUCACCAUGAAGCUGGAUGGUGUAGUGGUGGAGCUAUCCAAGGGUGUUGUUGUGGUCAAUGGGCAGACGGUGACCCUGCCGGUCAGCUUGUCUGGAGUCAGUAUCGUGAAGACUACAUCCAAUGUGAAGGUCGUAGCCAAACUGGGGCUGGUUGCCGUCUGGAACAAGGAUGAUUCCCUAAUGAUUGAAAUGAACGAUAAGUACAGAAACCAGACCUGCGGACUCUGUGGUGACUUCAAUGAAGUCCAAACAUACAACGAAUUCAUCAUCAAUGGUGGGAAACUCUCUAGCUCUGACUAUGGAAACCUCUGGAAACUGGAUGGUCCUCUGGAAGUCUGUGAGGAGCCUACACUAACUUCUGAGGAGAGUUGUGGAGAUAAGGAAUUUUGUCAGCAGCUGUUCUCUAGUGCAGCUUUCAGUAGCUGCACUAAUUAUUUGGACAAUGAUGCCUUCGUCGAGACCUGCCUGGCUGACCUGUGCCACUGUGAUAACAGCACCAACUCCUUCUGCCUGUGCAACACCAUCUCAGAGUACUCCCGUCAGUGUGUUCAUGCAGGGGGGAAGCCCCAGCAAUGGAGGGCUGAACAGUUCUGCUAUAAGACAUGCCCCGACAACAUGGAGUACCAGGAGUGUGGAAGCCCCUGUGUUGACACCUGCUCCAACCCAGAGGCCAGACAGUUGUGUGAAGACCACUGUACAGGCGGCUGCUUCUGUCCUCUAGGUACUGUUUUUGAUGACGUCAAGAAGAGUGGCUGUAUUCCAGUGAGAGAAUGCCUUUGUGUCCACAAUAGACAAGUAUACAAAUCUGGAGAAUCUUACACCAGCAACUGUAAAGAAUGCACCUGUGCUGGUGGUCAGUGGGCCUGCACAGACAAGGACUGUCCUGGGACCUGCUCUGUGGAGGGAGGAUCCCACAUCAACACCUAUGAUGGGAAAGCCUACACCUUCCAUGGGGACUGCUCUUACAUUCUGACCAAGCAAUGCAAUGGAACUGAAUUCACCGUGCUGGGAGACAUUGUGAAGUGUGGGUUGACUGACACUGAGACGUGUAUGAGGGCUGUUACCCUUGCCCUCUCCAGCAGAUCCACCGUGAUCCGAGUCCAGUCAUGUGGAAGUGUUUUUGUAAAUCAGAUUCUUUCUCAGCUCCCACUCUAUACAGCUGAAGUGACCGUCUUCAAGCCCUCCUCAUUCUUCAUUGUUAUCCAGACAACUCUUGGAGUUCAACUUCAGAUCCAGCUUUUACCAGUUAUGCAGAUCUACAUAACUGCCAUCUCAUCCUACAAAGGAACAACCUGUGGCCUUUGCGGAAACUACAAUAAUGUUCAGGCAGAUGAUUUCAGAGUCAUCAGUGGAUUGGUGGAGGGCACAGCUGUAGCUUUUGCCAACACAUGGAAGACCAUGUCUAGCUGCCCUGAUGUCAAGACUAGCUUUGAAAACCCCUGCAGUUUGAGCAUUGAAAAUGAGAAAUAUGCCCAGCACUGGUGUUCCAUGUUAUCAGAUCCUAAAGGAGUGUUCUCACCUUGCCAUUCUGAAAUAAGACCUGACACCUACAAAACCAAUUGCAUGUAUGACAGCUGUAACUGUGAGAAGAGUGAGGACUGCAUGUGUGCUGCCGUCUCCUCUUAUGUCCACGCUUGUGCUGCCGAGGGUAUCCAGCUCACUGGCUGGAGAGACACUAUCUGCAAUACAUUUGCCACUUGCCCCAGUCAAACAGUUUAUACCUACAACAUGACCAGCUGUGGACGCACCUGCCGCUCCCUGAGCAUGACAGACCAAUCUUGCCAGGUGAAGUUUGUUCCGGUGGAUGGAUGUGGCUGUGCAGAGGGCACCUACAUGGAUGAGGCUGGCCAGUGUGUUGCCCCCACCAACUGUCCCUGCUAUGACAAGGGCUCGGUGGUCCCUGCAGGAGAGACUAUCAGCAGAGACGGUGCCACCUGCACUUGCAGACAAGGGACACUGAGUUGCACUGGGGAAGCAAGACUAUUUAUAUGCACACUGCCAAUGGUUUUCUUCAACUGCUCAACUGUACCUCCAGGAGCGUCAGGUUCAGAGUGUCAAAAGAGCUGCAAAACUCUGGACAUGACCUGUAUUAGCACAGAGUGUACAUCAGGUUGUAUGUGCCCCAACGGACUGGUUUCUGAUGGCAACGGAGACUGCAUCAAGGAGGAACUUUGUCCUUGUGCUCACAAUGGAGCUACUUACCAAGCUGGAGAGACACUUAAGGUUGACUGCAAUACAUGUACUUGCAAGGACAGACAAUGGCAGUGUACCACACAUCUCUGUGAUGGAGUUUGUGCAAUCUAUGGAGAGGGUCACUAUAUCACUUUUGAUGAGAAAAGGUUCAACUUUAAUGGAAACUGUGAAUACACUCUCAUUCAGGACUACUGUGGCAAUACUAAUGGCAGUGGCAGCUUCAGAGUCCUCACUGAGAACGUUCCUUGUGGAACUAAAGGCACCACCUGCUCCAAGACCAUCAAGCUCUUCCUGGGGACCAGUGAGCUCAUAUUGGCAGAUGGGAACGCUCAAGUUGUCAGGAGUACUCCAGAAGAGCAGUUUCCUAAACAGAUCAGCCUUCUGGGGAAUUAUCUGGUCAUUGAAGUCAAAAGUGGUCUAAUCCUCAUGUGGGACAAGAAGACCAGUCUCUUUAUCAAGCUUAGCCCACAAUACCAGGGGCUGGUGUGUGGUCUGUGUGGAAACUAUGAUGGCAACGCAAACAAUGACUUCACCACUAGAGCCCAAGCGACUGUUGUUGAUCCGGUAGAAUUUGGAAACAGCUGGAAAGUUUCAUCAAGCUGUCCAAGUGUAUCCGCUGUAGUGCACCCAUGUGCCUCCAACCCGUACAGAGCGUCUUGGUCCCAGAAACAGUGCAGCAUCAUUAACAGUGAUGUCUUCACAGCCUGCCAGAACCAGGUGGACCCCUCUCCUUACUAUGAUGCUUGUGUGAGAGACUCAUGUGCUUGUGACAGUGGUGGAGACUGCGAGUGCCUCUGUACCGCAGUGGCAGCUUAUGCAAAGGCCUGUAAUGAAGCUGGAGCAUGCGUAGCCUGGAGAACCCCUCGAAUUUGCCCACUGUUCUGUGAUUACUACAACCCUACUGGAGAAUGUGAGUGGCACUACAAGGCAUGUGGAGCUCAGUGUAUGAAGACCUGCAGAAACCCUUCCGGAGACUGUUCUAGUUUAAUUCCAGCAUUGGAAGGCUGCUAUCCUAACUGUCCUGCGGCACAACCUUACUUCAAUGAGGAGACAAUGAAGUGUGUGGAGAGGGAACAAUGUGGCUGUUAUGACUAUGAAGGAAACCAGUACACCAAUGGACAGAAUCUUCCGGCACAAAAUUGUGAAACAUGCACCUGCACAAUGACUGGAGUGAGCUGUAGUUAUGAUGUAAAUGAUUGUACAUGCUUGCAUAAUGGUAAACAACACCCAUAUGGAGAAACCCUCUACAAUACAACAGAUGGGAUUGGUAACUGCAUAGUUGCUGUUUGUGCCUCGAACGGAACCAUUACCAGGAACAUUUCCCCUUGUAAAGUGACCACAACUCCAGUACCAACCACAACAUCCCCUCUGACCACAACAACUGUUAAUACAUAUACUGCUACUGAAAGAUCUACACAGCCGCCUAAAAUUUUCACCUCCGGCCCAACAACCACUUCCACCACUGUAAUUGUUGAAACCUCUACCUCAACAUCACAGCACACAACAACAAGUGAAGAAACAACAGGGCCAGUUGUCACAACUUCUAAACCCACAACUUUCACCAGAACGACAAAGGCACCAACAAAAACUACAGAGGUAACUACACCUCCCACAGGUGGAACUACAACAGGUGGAACAACAACAGUUGAAGAAACCACAACGGAGACAAGUCCAUCUACAUCCACAACGCCACCUAAAGAGGUCACCUCUGGCCCCACGACCACUUCCACCACUGUAAAUGUUGAAAAAUCUACUUCAACAUCACAGCCCACAACAACAAGUAAAGAAACAACAGGGCCAGUUGUCAUUAGUUACAAUCCCACGACAUCAACCACAACAACUGCGGAGGUAAUUACACCUAUCACAGGUGGAACAACAACAGUUGAAGAAACCACAACGGAGACAAGUCCAUCUACAUCCACAACGCCACCUAAAGAGGUCACUUCUGGCCCCACGACCACUUCCAUCACUGUAAUUGUUGAAACCUCUACCUCAACAUCACAGCAAACAACAACAGGUGAAGACAUAACAGGGCCAGUUGUCAUUGGUUACAAUCCCACGACGUCAACCACAACAGCUACAGAGGUAACUACACCGACCACGCGUGGAACUACAACAGUUGAAGAAACCACAACGGAGACAAGUCCAUCUACAUCCACAACGCCACCUAAAGAAUUCACCCCUGGCCCAACAACCACUUCCACCACUGCAAUUGCUGAAACCUCUACCUCAACAUCACAUCCCACAACAACAGUUGAAGAAACAACAGGGCCAGUUGUCAUUAGUUACAAUCCCACGACAUCAACCUCAACAACUGCGGAGGUAAUUACACCUAUCACAGGUGGAACAACAACAGUUGAAGAAACCACAACGGAGACAAGUCCAUCUACAUCCACAAAGCCACCUAAAGACUUCACCUCUGGCCCAACAACCACUUCCACCACUGAAAUUGCUGAAACCUCUACUUCAACAUCACAGCAAACAACAACAGGUGAAGAAACAACAGGGCCAGUUGUCAUUAGUUACAAUCCCACGACAUCAACCACAACAACUGCGGAGGUAAUUACACCUAUCACAGGUGGAACUACAACAGUUGAAGAAACCACAACGGAGACAAGUCCAUCUACAUCCACAACGCCACCUAAAGAGGUCACCUCUGGCCCCACGACCACUUCCACCACUGUAAAUGUUGAAAAAUCUACUUCAACAUCACAGCCCACAACAACAACCCACAACAACAAGUAA